AUGAGUUUCUCCGACGCAAAAAGGUUUCUUUUUUAUUUUUCAUAACAUUAAUUACUUUUUUCUCAACAGAUUGACGUAGUUUUUAACAGUUUCCACUGAAGAGAUAGCCGAAAAAGACCGCCUUGUAAAUAUUCGCUAUUUUUACUACCCCGUGUUGGACUUGCAAGAACAGGUUAUAUUGCUGAUUGGUGUACUUUUUAAGCAUUUUCUCUAUUAAAGGAUGUUUUGGUCAACCAAUUUCUGUUCAAAAGCAUGGCGGUUGUCUUCGAAUGCAUGAAGAAUGGAAAUAGGGUUUUGAUUCAUUGGUAUGUGCUUAAGAGUAGAAAGAAACUUACUUUCAAUCUUUUUAGCAUUUCUGGUAUUUCAAGAAGUGUUUCCGUAGCUGUGUCAUAUCUAAUGUUCUCCAGGCGAUUUUCGCUUGAUGAAGCUCUGUUGCAAGUCAGAAGCAUUCGACCAUCCGCAUCGUCAGUUUCCAAACAACAUUCCAUAAAAGAUUUCCUUUUUCAGACCUAAUAUAGGCUUCUUGUCUCAGCUUAGAUUAUAUGAAAGAAUGGGAUAUUCUAAUUGCCCUUCAGACUACGAAAAGUUUCGCUUGGAAUUAGAAUUGCCAGGUAAAAUUAUCUUUUUUUUUCCUUUGGUUAUUAUUUCAGAACAUAUUUACGUUAUUUAUCGCUUCCCAGUGUCGAAUCGGCUCGACAUCACGCGAUACAAGUAUUUCAGACUUUUUAGACUUGCUUAAUCUUUCAAAUUCAAGGUGCAAGUCAUGCCGUAAACUUCUUUUCAGUGAACAAAAUGUUUCUCACAAAAUAGAGGUUCCUUUUAAAUUUCAUCCUUUAAUGAAUGUACUUGAGGCCUUUUGCGAUAAAGUUCUUAUUGAGCCCAUGAUUUGGAUGAACGUCGACAAAGACACGUGUUCGGUAGCAAGAAUUGAAAAAAGAGGAUGUUUGUUUUUUUUUUGUAGGUUAAGCACAUUUGUGGGGCAAAGCUAGGCAAUUUCCGUCUCUACGGGCAAAAGUGCAAAGGAUGUCAGAAUUUCGGUGAAAAAUAUUAGUUUUUUUUUACUUUCAAUGUUUUCUUCAGUUUCGCCAUGGAUUCAAAUCAACGAAUCAGCAGUGGACAAAGUGGCUUGCCUUAUUUCAAACAUGAAUUUCCGUAAAUGA